AAAAAAACACCUAAACGGUCAGUCCUCGUGGCCUACGCAGUUUGAUUUAAACCGUUUCACUUUCACUUUUGAAGUUCCCGAUAGAGAGUCGACGCGAAACUCGGUGAUAUAAUUCAUUUCCCGACCCUUCGUGAGACAGGAGACCCGCUCCAGCAGCUUACCGUUCCGUCAGGUCGAAGCUGAAGCCGGGGCUUGGGGGCUGCAGGGGGCUGCGGAGGAGACUCAUCUCACCGCCGAAGAGACUCAUCAGGACCGGGAGCUGUUCCGUCAAGCUGCUCUGUCUGGAGGAGGAGUGACAACAUGGAGCACGACGCGGCGGUCAGGGGAGUCAGCACCGGGACCACCAUCAUGGCCGUGACCUUCGACGGCGGCGUCAUCAUCGGAUCGGACUCGCGGGCCACCAUGGGGGGGGAGACGGUGUCGUCUAAGACCAUCAACAAGCUGGUCCAGGUGCACCAAAGGAUCUUCUGCUGCAUGGCCGGCUCGCUGGCCGACGCCCAGGCCGUCCUGAAGACCGCCAGCUUCCAGCUCAACCUGCACAGUGUUCAGAUGGAGGCUCCUCCCCGGGUGAUAGCAGCAGCCUCUCUGCUGAGGAAGCUCUGCUACCACAACAAGGACGAGCUCCAGGCUGGCUUCAUCACGGCCGGCUGGGACCCUCAGAAAGGCCCGCAGGUCUACGUGGUGUCUCUUGGGGGCAUGCUGAUCAGUCAGCCGUUCACCAUCGCCGGCUCCGGCAGCACCUACAUCUACGGCUACACCGACGCCAAGUACCGCCCCCACAUGACCCGGGAGGAGGGGCUGCAGUUCGUCACCAACGCUCUGGCCUUGGCCAUGGGCCGGGACAAUGUCAGCGGGGGCGUGGCCCACCUGGUGGUCAUCACGGAGGAGGGGGCGGAGCAUGUAGUCAUCCCCGGCAACAAGCUGCCCAAGUUCCAUGACGAGUGACGGAGGCCGGGGAUCGGAGGGCCUCCCGUUCCAGAGACCGAGCCCGCCCUCACACGGACCACAGAACACGGCUUGAUGAGGACUCAAUAGAGGGCCAAAGAGUUCACUACAUUAAAGCCUUCGGUUGGGUGACGUCUUCAGUCUGGGAGGGUUCUGUGUCAAGUGUGUGUUUGUGUCUGUUGCCUAUAAAUUCAAAAUUGGUCUAAAUGU